AACAGAUUCACCACCACGUGCCUUGGCAGUACAAGUGCAAUUCCCGUUUGAUACUCCUCUCACAUCCUAUCUGUUGAGAACCCUCCCCUUCCUCCAUAGUGCGCAAUAGGCAUUUCCACGGCGCAUCGGGGCUUCAGAACAACCCCCGAGCCCACCACCUGGACCUGGACCUGGACCUCUAUCUCGACUCCCAAACCCACAGCCGAAGCACAAUGAAUCCACACAUUUCGCUGCCCCGGCCUACAGGAGGGCCCUCGAACUUUGGUGGUACAGCACCGUCGAGUCGGUCCGAGAGCCUCCGAAUGCCACGCUUCUUUAAACGCUUAUUCAAGUUUCCGCAGAUGGACUUUGAGAUGGCCAUAUGGGAAAUGUUGAGCCUGAUAAUAGCGCCAAAGAAAGUUUUUAGGUCAAUAUAUUACCAUAAACAAACUAAGAACACAUGGCACCGACCCGACCCUUCCUUUACCUACCUCCUCUCCGGCUUCCUUCUCCUCACAGCCCUCGGCUGGGGUCUUGCAUACGCCGACGGUGCCGCCCGAACCCUGCGCAUAAUGCUUAUCUUCAUGUUCGGCCAUUUCCUUCUCCUCUCCCUCCUAAUCGCAACCCUAUUCUACUUCCUAGUCGGCCGGCUUCUCGGACCUGGCGUGAAAGGGCUUCCCGGACGACGCCGACAAGGACUUUUCAACGUCGAAGAAGGCGAGGGCGGGAACGAGCUCGAGUUUGGAUACUGCUGGGAUGUGGCAAUCCGGGCUUUUGUGCCUAUUUGGGUGUUUUUAUACGUUGUGCAGUUUUUACUUAUGCCUGUCAUUGCGAGCAAAUACUGGUUAUCACUGCUGGUCGGAAACUCGCUCUACCUCGUCGCACUAAACUACUACUUCAUCAUCACCUUCCUCGGCUACAACGCCCUCCCCUUCUUACACCACACUGAGCUGCUUCUCCUACCAAUAGGGAUAUGCACGAUCCUAUGGUUCGUCAGCCUCUUCGGCCUAAAUCUACCGAAGCAUCUCGCGCCUGUUUUAUGGGCAGGAGCCAAGUUAAGGAAGGAUGUCUGACGACCCUGCCGAAGCAGGGCGUAUUGUACGAUAUGAAGGACGCGGGAUGUAGGUCUAAGGCGUUUUAUGCAGUAGAUAAUUGGCGUUGAAAGGCCCUCAUGGCGUUUCAUAGGCAUACGGCGCACCUACCGAGAAGGUUGGGCAUUAUUGUGUUUUUGGAUUGCGGCAUUUCUAGCGAAAGGGGUUCAUAUUACCUAAUUAUCUAGUGGUUGUAUAAUAUGUCGCCCCGUGGAUGUAUCUAGUACAAUUUUACACUUAUCACAGCCUUAGUUUUCGAGCGCACAUGAUGAGGAGUUGAAGUUGUGGUGGUCUGAUGGCUUCUAGCAUUGUUGAUGCGCAUGCCCAACAGCGGCAUAGUUAUAUGUACU